GCGAUUGGUUGAUACGAAAACACUAACUUUCAUUCCAGGGCAGGCAACUGAAACUGAACUGAAUGUGUCAGGACAAUGGAAAAGAUUUUAUGUAAUGUCCACGGCAGCAUAUGCAUGUUAAAAACGGGCGUUAAAGAUGGACCAAAUAAAGGCAAAAGCUUCUACGUCUGCGUUGACAAGCAAGGAUGUGAUUUCAAUCAUGUGGCCAGCAUCUCCCCAUCCCACUGCCUGCAACAUGAAGAUUCGAUGGUGGAGCUCCAAGCUCUCACCUACAGUCUACAACAGCAGAGCCACAGGUUGUUCUACAGGUGUAUUCUGGGUAAAAAAGGAGGCCAGAAGUGGUGUGGAAAUGUGCCUUGGACUGUACCUGAGAAAGAAAAGAGAAAUCCUCUAUCUUACACACAGCUACAGCCCUCCUGCCUGCCGCAUGUCCAAAACCCCUUCAAAGCCUCUGGCAAGACGGACAAGGACUCUGAGUGGAGAAGGAUGCAGCGCGGCAGAGGUGAUGAGAAAAGAAGCGAGGAGAAAGACAGCAAGGCAAGUCACAAGGCUGAAGGAAGAGCGAGCUGUCAAAAAGAAAAUGUGGAGAGCGUAGGUGCAAGAGUGGAAGCAGAGGAUGAAGGGAAGCGCAAUUCAGUGGAUUCUUACCGAGGUAAACAACUUCCGCUGGGGAUGAAGUUAAAGAAGAGAGUUUCAGAUGAGGAGAGAAACAGUCCCAAAGCUAACACAGUGGAAACAGUGACCGAUGAGGCGCAAGACAAGACUAAAGGGAAGCACGGCGAGCAAGGAGAAGCUGAAAAGACUAAUUCUACCUUCGGUGUCGAGGCUGUCCACCUGGAGAAAAUGAAUCAAACCUCACAGGAUCCUCGCAAGGACUCGCCCCAGCAUCCAGCCAGUGGUAAAACCUGUCUGGUGGAACGAAAGGAUGCUACUGUGAAAGAGAGCGUUUCUACUACUAACACCAGCAACCCCACAUCUACCAAACCAACACCAUCAGAGUCCAGUCAAACCAAAACCCACCGAGCUGCUGCUGCUGCUGCUGAUGAUGAUGAUGAUGAUGAUGAUGUAGUGGUGGUGUCAGUGAAACCUCCUACUCAGAAGACUCCUCCUGUUGCUGCUGUUCAAAAGACUUUGACCACCUUUGCUGGGUUCCAGCCAGCGUCUAAGGUCAAAGGUCAGGCAGUUCCCAAAGAGCUGCACAGCCGGCUCGCCGCUCAACUCCAACAGAAAAAAGCAACUCUGUCUGUGGUGAAUGUGGCGGCUCUGCCAGAUAAAGGGGAGCGGUUGAGGACUCAGGUGAAAGAGCUGGAGGACGCUCUGGAGUCUAUGAACCUCGCUGCUGCUUCUCAGCCUGGGUCCGAGGUCGGACAUAACAGUGGUGACGCUCAUCCAGGUAGAAGCCAUGUUAACCCCUUCAGCCGGAAGGGUGGCACCAUCCUGCUCCCCGCCCCCCCAGCCCAACACCUCGCCUCCGGCAGCUCCCUGGGGCUCCAGCUGAGCCAGGGUCGCACCCAGAUGUAUGGAGCGACCUCACAGGCUCAGUCCUUUUACGGUGGCAGGAUGACUGAGGGCCGUCUACUGGCGGUGAAAAAUGCAACCUGCGACACCAUCGACCAUCUCCACAAGUCCCAGGAGUCCUGCCCUGAUGCUGAGGCCGAGGUUCCAGACCCCAAGGGCAUCAAGGUGACGCUGCUGGCCCAUCAGAGGAGAGCUCUGGCCUGGCUCCUCUGGAGAGAAACACAAAAUCCUUGUGGAGGAAUUCUGGCGGACGACAUGGGUCUGGGGAAAACCCUGACCAUGAUUGCUCUCAUACUGGCCAAGAAGGCCAAGGCAAAGGAGGAGGAGGAGAAGAAGAAGAAGGAAGAGAAGAAGCCGGACGGCUGGAUCUCCAAAACUGACUCCAGCCCCGUGGUUUCUAAAAGCACUCUGAUCAUCUGUCCUGCCUCCCUGAUCCACCACUGGAAGAGGGAGAUUGAAAGACACGUCAAGACAGGCAAGCUGACGGUGUAUCUGUACCACGGCCCCAACCGCGAGAGAAGUGCCAAAGUGCUGGCAGAUUACGAUGUGGUGGUGACAACAUACAGUCUGGUCUCGAAGGAGAUCCCCGUCCAGAAGGAGGGCCCUGACAAGCCCAGCAAAGAUGCUGAUGAUGUGCCGUCAAGCUCGGGUCCUCUUCUGCGAGUCACCUGGGCCCGGCUGGUUCUGGACGAAGGACACAACAUCAAAAACCCAAAAGUGCAGACCUCCAUGGCCGUCUGUCAGCUGAGGGCUCAUGCCCGCUGGGCGGUCACCGGUACACCCAUCCAGAACAACCUGCUGGACAUGUACUCACUGCUCAAGUUUCUGCGUUGUGCUCCGUUUGAUGAGUUCAAAGUGUGGAAGUCUCAGGUGGACAACGGCUCCAAUCGAGGCAGAGAGAGACUGAACAUCCUGACGAGGACUCUGCUGCUCCGACGAACCAAAACCCAGCGCGACUCCUCGGGACAACCUCUGGUGUCUCUUCCUGAUCGUACCUGCGAGGUGCAUCAACUCAAACUAUCCCAGGAUGAACAGGCUGUGUAUGAUGUCGUCUUUGCCCAAUCCAGAUCUACUCUGCAGAACUACCUGAAGAGACAUGAAGGUAGUGAUGUGAAAAAGAGAAACCCCUCCAGUUCCAAUCCCUUUGACAAAGUGGCCCAAGAGUUUGGUAUGUCCCAGACUGACCCUGCUGUGUCCAGCUCCCAGCAGCCCCAGCAGGCGUCCAGCACCAUCCACAUCCUGUCCCUGCUGCUGCGCCUCCGCCAGUGCUGCUGUCACCUGUCACUUCUGAAGAAGACUCUUGACACGUCGGAGCUGCAGGGCGAUGGGAUCGUCUUGUCUCUAGAGGAGCAGCUCAAUGCACUGUCUCUCUCCUCCAUCCCCUCGCCAUCGGGCACUCACGCCUCAGACACUGUAGCCCUUAAUGGCACUCGCUUCCCCUCAAAGCUGUUUGAGGACACCAGCGAGAGCACCAAGAUUGCUGCUAUUGUCUCUGAACUGGAGGCAAUCCGACAGAAGGGUGAUGAUCAAAAAAGCGUCAUCGUGUCCCAGUGGACCAGCAUGCUCAAAAUUGUAGCAGUUCACCUGCGUCAGAUGGGCCUGAGAUACGCCGUUAUCGACGGGACCGUCAACCCCAAACGCCGCAUGGACCUGGUGGAAGAAUUCAACACUAAUCCUGGCGGACCGCAGGUGAUGCUGGUGUCUCUUUGUGCUGGAGGGGUUGGACUCAACCUCAUCGGUGGGAAUCACCUCUUUCUCAUGGACAUGCACUGGAACCCCGCCCUGGAGGACCAGGCCUGCGACCGAAUCUACAGAGUUGGACAAAGAAAAGAUGUCACCAUCCACAGGUUUGUGUGCGAUGGCACGGUGGAGGAGAAGAUCUCCACACUGCAGGGGAAGAAGAAGGAGCUGGCCCAGAAUGUGCUGUCAGGAACGGGAAGCACCUUCACCAAACUCUCCCUGGCUGAUCUCAAAAUCAUCUUCGGUGUCUGAGAAGGGAGAGAACUGAGGACGCUGCGCCAGACAGCUGCUCACACACUAUUAAAGAUGCCAGAGAGCUUAUUUUCCACGUUCAUCUUAAUCUACAACAGGGUUUUAUCUGCAGUUUAACUGAUUUAGAUGUGGAUGGAUGUGUUGCUUCAAUACAAAAUUGGUUAGUUGAAUGACCAUCAGUUUCUUUUAUUUAAUUUUUUUUUUUUUUUUAAGUAUCUUAAUUAUGUUCUUAUUCUUUUUUUGCUGUUUAGUAGCUAUUUGCUUCCUAUACAAUGUUUUAAGAUUACUCAACAACUACUGCAGAUACUGUUACAUUCAGCAAGAAAUCUAAUUCCUCAACUUAAUGUGCACUAAAAUCAUAAUGCUACUACAAUUUUAAUUUCUGAUUGCUGAGCAAAUAUGUACUUCUAUUUGUGUCACCUGAUGGAGUUUAUUUCCUUUUUUAAAGCUGUUGUCAAAUGCUUAGUUCCUAAUGCACGAGUCACUGCUUCCAAAAAUAUGUUGCAAAGUUUAAAAAUGUGCAUUCCCUCACGUUUAUUUGAAAUAUAUUUUGGAGAAUGCAAAUAAAUAAAUUCUUAUGCUCUAUGGAUAUAA